AUGAACAUUCUUUCUUUCAUGAUUAUUGUUCUAGCAAUUAAUUCUAUAAUUGAUGGGCAUAACCCAAAUCAGAUACUUUCUUCAGCAAUGUCUAGUAUUUUAUGUGAUACAUAUGAAGCCUGUGGUGCCUUUGGUAUUUGCAUAAGUACAGGACAAGUGUGUCAAUGUUUAAAAGGGUUCAGUCCAAAGUCACCACAAGAAUGGAACUCAUCAAAUUGGGCUAAAGGAUGUGUCCGUAUUAAACCGUUAAGCUGCUACAAUGAAUUUAGUUCUGAAACCACAGAUGGGUUUAUCAAAUAUGAAGGCCUCAAAGUGCCUGAUACAAAUCAUACUUGGGUGGAUGAGCGUAUUGAUUUAGAUUUAUGCCGAUACAUCUGCUUGAAAAAUUGUUCUUGUAUGGCCUAUGCUGUUUCAGACAUAAGCUCAGGUAGUGGUUGUGUAAUUUGGUUUGGGGAUCUAAUUGACAUCAAACAGUUUCCAACUGGUGGCCAAGAUCUAUAUAUUCGGAUGGAUGCUUCAGAGUUAGGUGAAUACUUUGUGAACAUUUCUCCUAAGCACUUACAUGAUUCCUCAUAUUCACUCUUUCAAUUUGAAGAUUUAUUAACUUUUUUUUCUUUCCAUGAAGAUUCUCUGGUUCAACGAGGCCACUACAGAAGAGUGAGAACAAUAAUUGCUUCCACAAUUGUGGCAAUAUGUGUGAUACUUUUAUUUUGCAUUCACAUGGUUUGCUGGGUCCGAAAGAACUAUGCUGAUAAGUCAAAGAUAAAAGAUAACAUUGAAAAAUAUCUAGAGGAUCUGGAUCUGCCGUUGUUUGAUCUGCAAACAAUCACUACUGUCACUAAUAAUUUUUCAUUGAAUAAUAAGAUAGGACAAGGUGGUUUUGGACCUGUAUAUAAGGGAAAAUUACCAGAUGGACUAGAAGUUGCUGUCAAGAGACUUUCAAGUAGCUCUAGACAAGGAGUGACCGAGUUCAUAACAGAAGUAAAACUGAUAGCGGAACUUCAACACCGUAAUCUUGUAAAGCUUCUUGGUUGUUGCAUUCGAGAACACGAAAAGAUAUUGGUAUAUGAAUACAUGGUUAAUGGAAGCUUAGAUUCCUUCAUUUUUGACCAAAUAAAAGGUAAAUUGCUGGAUUGGCCACGACGCUUCCACAUAAUAUUUGGAGUUGCUAAGGGGCUUUUGUAUCUCCAUCAAGAUUCCCGAUUAAGGAUUAUUCAUAGAGAUCUCAAAGCAAGUAAUGUUUUACUCGAUGAUAAGUUAAAUCCAAAAAUAUCAGAUUUUGGAAUGGCUAGAGCUUUUGGUGGUGACCAAAUAGAAGGAAACACCAAUAGAAUAGUUGGAACAUAUGGGUACAUGGCUCCAGAGUACGCUGUUGAUGGGUUGUUUUCGAUCAAAUCUGAUGUUUUUAGCUUUGGUAUUGUAUUGCUGGAAAUUAUAUGUGGGAUAAAAAAUAGAGCUCUUUGUCAUGGAAACCAGACUCUUAACCUUGUCGGUUAUGCAUGGGCACUUUGGAAACAGGGAAAUGCUUUACAGUUGAUGGACUCAAGGAUAAAUGACUCUUGCAUUAUCUCAGAAGUGUUGCGGUGCAUCCAUGUUAGUCUCUUAUGCGUGCAACAAUAUCCAGAAGAUAGGCCUACCAUGACCUCAGUAGUUCAAAUGUUAGGGAGUGAGAUUGAACUGUUUGAACCUAGAGAGCCUGGUUUCUUUCCAAGGAGGACUUGUGAUGAAGGAAAGUUAAACUCAAAGAAAAACAACAUGAUUUCAAAUGAUGAAUUAACCAUUACAUCUUUAAAUGGGAGGUAA